AUGGCUACGGAUGCUGCCCGCCGUCAGGCCACCUUGGCCGGCAUACCUGUCAGAGAUCUGACCUUGGGAGCGCUCAUCGUCCAGAAUGCCGCCCUCGUGCUUUUCAUGCAUUAUUCGAGGGUUAUGCCUCUCAUCAACGGCGACCGAUACUUCGCAUCCACCGCCGUAUUUCUCUCCGAAGUCGUCAAAUUCUCCUUCUUCAUAUCCAUGGCACUAUACGAAAUAGCUACGAGUCCCUCGACACCAGAUUCAUCCACCGUAAGCGAGCUGGCCGAGGCGCUGUCAAAAGCCGUGUUCACAGGCGAUAGCUGGAAGUUGGCGGUCCCAGCCGUGCUUUUCACGAUACAAAACAGUCUCCAGUAUGUUGCAGCAAGCAAUCUGGACGCGGCUACAUUCGCCAUCACGUACCAGCUCAAGAUCGUGAGCGCUGCCAUGUUCGGCAUUCUACUCAUGGGUCGCGUGCUCAAUGUGAGGAAGUGGCUCAGUCUCGGAAUGAUGGCAGUGGGCAUCUUGGCCGUGCAGCUGUCCCACGUGUCGAGGCAGGGGCACGUUUUGUCCAUAAAAGACUUGAGGGAUGGAGUUUCAUUCAAGUCCCCACGGUCUAUAUGGGACAUGGAGGCAGAGGGCAACGUGGCUGCUGGACAGCUCAACAAGCGAUCUGCGACGUACGAAGGAAUUGACGAUGAUGUCGCUGCAGCAAACCCCAAGAUGAAUGCAUCAAUUGGUCUUGCUGCAGCUGUCUUGGCCUGCGUGCUGUCAGGGCUGGCAUGCGUCUACUUUGAAAGGACUUUGAAGACCAAGGGAGACACGCGCGUAUCCAUCUGGGUACGCAACGUACAACUUUCUUUCUACUCCAUCUGGCCGGCGUUGUUCCUGGGAGUAUUCUUCAUGGACGGGGAGCAUUUGCCGAAGACCGGCUUCUUUACUGGAUACAAUCUCAUCGUAUGGGUGGUGAUCUUCUUACAAGCCGCAGGCGGCAUAUUGGUGGCGGUGGCACUGAAAUACAGCGACAGUUUGACGAAGAGCCUGGCCAUGAGCGUGUCUACUGUAAUCACGUUCCUGACCAGUGUGGUGUUCCUGGAGUUCCACACGACUUUGUUCUAUCUACUAGGCAUGAUAGCCACUACCGGUGCAGCGUUUCUAUACAACUCCAGUCCGGACGACAAGCGAGCGAGGCCGCCACCAAUCAACGUCACACAGUACGAGAAGGACGGCAGCCAAGGCUAUUUCGAUAUCGAAGCUGUGGCUACGGCAGGCAAGUCGCCAUUGCGAGAUCCGAUGCGAGAAGCCUUGGUCACGAGCAGGCCGGGCACACCAGUUUCGGAACGGCAUUUCCGGUCUAAGGGCGCAAAGAGAGGGCAGUGA